AAGGCUGUGAGAAAUUAAGGUGCGGCGGAGCAGGAUACAAAUAAAUCCUUUCAACAAAUAUUAAAUUGACCCCAACAAGAUCUAUAAAGUAUAAUAAUGGAGGCAGGGUGCAUAUCAGCAUAUGCAAACAUAUAGAAUUUUGUGUAGUCAUGCUUAUCGGUUCUCACUUUCUGUAAAGUAAUAUUUUUUCCCUCAAUUUUGCCCUGGAUAGAUAUCAGAUCUCCCUCAUUGUCAUUGACUCACUAUACCUACUGUAACUACAUCUCCAUGAUUUUCUCCGAAUUUUCGUUUUAAAUUUGGUUUUGGUCUCAUGGAAGGGGUUCCUAUUCACCGCCAGCAAAAAGCGGAGUGAUCAAGAAGAAUCAGCCAAUUUUCCGUUUCGGCUUUCGACACACAUGGUCGACAUGUCUCUGCGAUUUUUAUAAUUCAGUUUAAUUUUUAUUUUAUGGGCAUAAAACUCUUAAAUCCUAUUGCAAUUACUAUCUUGACUAGCACCAGCUUUGUCAGUAACCGGUUACUUUCGACAGGCGGCACAUCACUGAAAAUGGGUCCUUACAACCAGCACCUAACUGAGUAAAGAUGUGGGUCUUUUCUCGGAAAAUUGAGCUUUGUAGAAUACCCUGAAAGAGCUCCAUCCACUCGGCUAUUUUGUCUGUUCUGUAACCAUUUUCUUGUCAUUUCCUUCUUUUGUUUGGGUCAAUUUUAAUCCUUUUUAAUAGGGAUUUAAGAGCUCUAACUGAAAAGGCCUUCAACCAAAGAAUGGAGAUUGGAGAAACUGAUAGAAACAAGGUUCAAGGAGAGGUUCCAUGGAUCCCCAACACCCCUUCGAAGCCUAUUCUUCAAAGACCGCCGCCAAUCUAUGCUCCUCGAGAAGGAAUCGAGAUCGGGUCACAUUCUAAUGCGGUAUCUGCAUGUUGUGAAUCCUCAACCAAUGCAGAAAUUGAGACCAGGCAACACCUUCGGCUACCACAUGAGGCUGCAGUAACAAACAUUGCCUGUGACAGUGACAAAACAAGUGCAAGAUUGUCCUUUGACAACAAUUCUGUGUCGAGUAAUAACGGCUUUGCGGAGCUUUUGGCUCAGGCUAAUGCUGCUUCAGCAACCUCCGUUGCAGCAUAUGCAGAUUUUCUGAGGAAUCAUUUUGUUCCUAAUUUAAAUACAGAGAUAAACCCCACCUGUGCUUUACUUGGCCAAGGUCAUCUCUCUUAUGGGCAACCCUUGUUCAAUGCUACUCACAAUUGUCAAGAUCCUCGAGGAUCAUCAUUCUUUACUUACUAUCGCCAUAACACUCCUUAUGCUGCCCCACAUGGUCCAGAUAAUGCUGUCAGAACAGGAAACACACAAUAUGCAGAGACACAACUGCAUAUGGAAAAGAAGGAUCAAGGCAGAGAAGAGAAUAAAGUUUCAGAUGCAGAGCACAACAAUAAUGACAGCCCACAAAACAAAGAACUUUGUGAUCCUUUAAUAGAAUUUGGUGCAGUUUCUACACAAUGCCAAGAGAAUCAGAGCCAGAAUAAGGAAAUAAAUCCCCAUGUUAAUCUGAACAAGACACCACAACAAAAACCAAGAAGAAAGAAGCACCGCCCCAAGGUCAUCAUAGAAGGCAAACCGAGGAGAAACAGUAAAACAAAGACCCCAAAGUCUGAUCAAUCAAAAGAAAGCUCAACCAGCAAAAGGAAAUAUGUAAGAAAGAAGGGAUCAAACACAACUUCUACUCCUCAAAUAGAAGUGACGGGAGAAUUGACUAAUCCAUUGAUGCCAGAAUCUGCCAAAAAGACAUGCCGAAGAUCCUUAAAUUUUGACGUAGGAGAUCAACAAAGGCAGAGAAAUUCUAGAUGCAUAGAAGAUACAAACAUAAAUUUAGGCAGAGAAACUGUUGCAGCAACAAAUACUUUGACAAAUGAAGGAAGACAAGCCCUCGGUACACCUCUUUCAGAAAGCAAUUCUUGUUGGGCAAUGCCACAUGCUAACUCGAUAGAGAAUGGCAACAAAAGAAAGGGUCCACAGGAUGAAAACAGAAACAGGGCACAAAUUCUAUCAAGCAGUGACACAAGAAUUUCAACCACAAGUUUACAAGCAGUUGGUUCCAAGAGAAAGCAUACAGGAACCAUUAAGCAUGAGGAUACCAACAGCAUUAAUCUGAUUGGGGUACAAUAUAAUAUGUUGCAGGCACACUACCAAGAGAGUUGGAUUCAAUUUCCAAAUAUUCAGAAGAAAAGGAGAAGUGAAAAGGGGAAAAAUUCCAAUACAUCUUCAGCAAGUGCAACAAAAAUUGUAGAAGUAGAAGUGUGCCCUCAAGAUGCUAGAUCAAGUCCUUACGCCUCAACUUCAAACUUUUGGCCCACUAGUUCUGAAUAUAAUGCAGUAAAAGUCCCAGUCAUGAUUACAGCUACAGAAAGAGUUAUUCAUGAUAAACCCCAGUCAUUCAGAUAUAACUUAUCUUCAUGGCAGCCUAAUCUGUGAAUGCUGAAAGAGAACAGACAUGUAUUGAUGCUUUAGUUGCAGAUAUGGGAGCAACACUCAAAAAAAAGAAAAGAACUAAAAAGAGAAGCACUCUUGUCAGUUCAGCAUAUUCUUGCACAAGUGAAAUGCAGCAGCAUCAAAAAGUUAUGCUGGAAAAUUGCAGCUUGCCCUUGAACAACUUAUUAGUUGUUGGCAGUGAAGAGACAUGGAAAAAUGUGCAUAGUGCAGACGAAUUAACAGAGCAAUUUAGGCACCUAAACAUAAAUAGAGAAAGCAGAGAACUUCUAUUACAUGGGCAGAAUACACUUGUCCCGUAUAACCAGCAACAUCAAAAGCACAAAGGCCCUGCCAAUGGAUAUGGCACCAUCAUUCCCUAUGAGGGCUCAUUUGAUCUCAUUAAAAAACAACGCCCACGACCUAAAGUUGACCUUGAUGAGGAGACUAAUAGAGUGUGGAAGCUUCUUCUAUUAGAUAUAAACAGUCCUGGAAUUGAUGGAAUGGAUGAAGACAAGGCUAAAUGGUGGGAAGAAGAACGAAAAGUGUUCCGUGGAAGGGCCGACUCAUUUAUUGCACGGAUGCAUCUUGUACAAGGAGACAGACGAUUUUCAAAAUGGAAAGGAUCAGUUGUGGACUCAGUGGUGGGAGUUUUCCUCACACAAAAUGUCUCGGACCAUCUUUCCAGUUCUGCAUUCAUGUCCCUUGCUGCUCGAUUCCCCCUGAAGUCAAGCAACAAGUAUCAAACAUACAAUGAGGGAAGCACAAGCUUGUUAGUCAGCAGACCACAACCAGAAGUGUACAUUGUGGAACCAGAGGAGAGUUCACAGAAAGUAUUGAAUCCAUGUGCUUAUGACUUGAGUUCUAUGACAAUUGAGAGCACUGAACAUUCUGAAGGAAAAGAAGUUGUUGACAGCAACGAUUCCUGCAGAACAAAUGGGAGCUUAACUAGCUCAACAGAUGAAUCAAACUUCAAACUGUCAGAAUCAACUCAGAAACAUAUGAGGGACAACCAUUGUCCAUUGGAAAGUGGACCAAUUGGUACCACCAUAGGGGAAGCACAAGAAAUUUCGUGUAUUGGGAGUGUUAGCAAAGAGUUAAGUGACAUGGUGUCAUCCCAAUGCUCUGUCAUUACCUCUCAAAUAUGUGCAGAGUGUUCAGUUGAGCAAAGUCCAGAGAAGAUAGGAUCAUGCUCAGAAAGCAACUCAGAAGUAGAAGAACUAUCAAGUGCAGCCAAGUACAACAUCUUUCAUGAUAGAACUUCUUUCAGUAAGCUUUUAGAAAUGGCAAGUUUGACAACAUUACAUGAAGUAAACAGUCAAAAAAGCAAAUCAACUGAGAACUCAAGAGAUGCAUCUGGUCAAUCUAUAGGCAUAAAGCAUGGCAACCAAACAGAAAAGUUGAAUGUUACCCAAGAUUUCCCAGAAGCCUCCAUCAUCACAUGUAAUGAAUAUUCUUUGAAAAUGACCCCUAAAGGAGGAGUACUUGAAGCUGGCCCUUUUGAAAUAGAAGACUUGUCAACUGAUUUCAGAAAGAAUAAAGAAGAAAAUGACAUGAAGGGGCCUGGUGUUCAAGCAUCAGAGUCUGAAACCCAAGCUGCAAUUGCCCAUUCUCAAUGUAUGCUAUCUCAGUUUCACAGUCAACAACAAAGUAAUCACAAAGAGAAAAAUGCUUUGCAUGUUUUAGAAGAAACUCAAGAUCCUAUACAGAAACCAAGGGAAUUAGAUUGUGGUCAUGAGAGCAAUACCGUCAAAGAACACACUAAAAUUGCCUCCACAAAAUCAACAAAGAGUAGGGUGCACCUAAAGGAUAAAAAAGAUAAUUUUGAUUGGGAUAGUUUAAGAAGACAAGCACAAGAUAAGGCCGGGAAGAGGGAAAAGACAGAAAACACCAUGGACUCUUUGGACUGGGAUGCUGUUAGACGUGCAGACGUCAGAGAGAUUGCUGAUGCAAUCAAGGAAAGGGGCAUGAACAACAUGCUUGCUGAACGUAUUAAGAACUUCUUAAAUCUCUUGGUUGAUAAACAUGGGGCCAUUGACCUUGAGUGGCUAAGAGAUGUUCCACCAGAUCAAGCAAAAGAAUACUUGCUCAACAUAAGGGGAUUGGGAUUGAAGAGCGUGGAGUGUGUGCGACUUUUAACAUUGCAUAAUCUUGCAUUCCCGGUUGACACCAAUGUUGGACGAAUAGCAGUACGUUUGGGAUGGGUGCCUCUCCAGCCACUACCUGAGUCACUACAAUUGCAUCUUCUAGAAUUGUACCCUGUGCUGGAAUCCAUACAAAAAUAUCUUUGGCCCCGACUGUGCAAGCUAGACCAAAGAACACUGUAUGAGCUGCACUAUCAGCUGAUUACAUUUGGAAAGGUCUUCUGUACAAAAUAUAAACCAAACUGCAAUGCAUGCCCAAUGAGAGGGGAAUGUAGACACUUUGCAAGUGCUUUUGCAAGUGCAAGACUUGCCCUACCAGGACCAGAGCAAAAAGGUAUAGUAAUCGCAAACGGAAAUAACGCAACAAAUCAGAACCUGUCGGUAACCAUCAAUCAAUUGCCCUUGCCUCUCCCUACAAAUACAAGCCAAGCAGAAGAACUUCAAGAAAUACAAGCAAGCAAACAACUUGAAGCAAGAUCCGAAAUCAAUAUUUGCCAACCAAUUAUUGAAGAGCCAUCAACUCCAGAACCAGAAUGCACCCAAGUGUUAGGAAAUGAUAUAGAGGAUGCCUUUUGUGAGGAAACAUGUGAAAUUCCAGCCAUCAAUGUAGACAUGGAAGAACUCACUUUGAAUGUACAAAAUUAUAUGGAGGAAAACAUGGAUCUUCAAGAAGGUGAAAUGUCAAAGGCCUUGGUCGCCCUUACUCCAGAAGCUGCCUGCAUUCCAACGCCCAAGCUAAAGAAUGUGAAUCGAUUGCGCACAGAGCAUUGGGUUUAUGAACUCCCAGAUUCACAUCGUCUAUUAGAAGGGUGGGAGAAGCGAGAGCCUGAUGAUCCAGGAAAAUACCUUCUAGCUAUAUGGACUCCAGGUGAGACAGCAAAUUCUACACAGCCACCAGAAAAAAAAUGCAGCUUUCAGGACUGUGGCCAGCUCUGUAAUGAGAAAGAGUGCUUUCAAUGCAACAGUUUCCGCGAAGCAAAUUCACAGAUAGUCCGAGGGACAAUCCUGAUACCAUGUCGAACAGCUAUGAGAGGGAGUUUUCCAUUAAAUGGCACCUAUUUCCAAGUCAACGAGGUAUUUGCUGAUGAUGAAUCAAGUCUUAACCCAAUUAGUGUUCCCCGAAGUUGGAUCUGGAACCUCAGGAGGCGAACAGUAUAUUUCGGAACCUCCAUCCCAACCAUUUUUAGAGGUUUAACAACACAAGAAAUUCAACGAUGCUUUUGGAGAGGAUAUGUUUGCGUGCGGGGAUUUGACAGGCAGAAAAGAGCACCGCGCCCUCUGAAGGCCAGGCUUCACUUCCCAGCUAGCAAGUUGGAGAAGAAAAAGCCAUCAGCUCCAGCAAACACACCAGAAGAGCUUAAUCUGAAUCUGGAACCAAACCCGGAACCAAACCCGGAACAGCCAGAGCUGCUUGCCAACACUCCCAACCAUUAACGGACCGGUGGAGCAUGAAGACAAAUCAUUGUCAUUCACCCGUCCUGUGUUGUAUACAGUAACAAAAUUAAAGUCACUGUUAAUCACCUCUUCAGUUAGCCUUUUCAAUUUUUAUGCUCAGAGAGACAGCAGAUUUUCCCAGACUAGAACCGUGACUGUAUCAUGUUAAAGUAUAAUACGCUCUUUAGCUUCAUGGAGAGGAAUCUGAACCAGUUAAGUAGAGAUAAACUCAGCAAUGUAAUUCUAGAUCUAGUUUGUAGAAUUAAACUACAUUAUUUUAUGUCCCUCAUUUGACCAG